AUGAAUCCACAUUAUCCUUCCAAAGUUAAGAGGCCUCUCCUCCAACCGGGAGUUGAAGAUCCGGGCCCUUCGUCAAUACCUUUCACCCCUCUCGUGAAUGACAACUUCACCUUUAUACCAUUUGAGAUCCAAGACAAUCUUGAUCAACUGGCACAAUUCUAUGGAAUAGCCUCUGGUUCUCAAUUGCAUCAACUGAUUGAACAGCAGCAUUGUAGGAAGAGGAGAAGGCUCGCACCAUCGAUCCCAAUGACAUCCGAGCAAGGACCGCCUUCGUCCCAGGGACCUCUGAUGAAACUCCCAUUAUCAGGACCUUACAGUCAACGUGAUGAGCAUUAUGGGACAUCUUCAAACUGGGACGAAUGUGGCCAGAACUCAAUGCCGUCUUCUACUUCCCCAUUAACCAGGCGUAUGGCGGAUCUGACCUUGUUCUUCUGCCCAUGUUGUGGCUGGGACCCAAGACAUCAAGAUGGCUAUCAACAGCUACCGAGCUCUGCACCGGCAGUUUCUGGCCCAGAUGCUCCUUACAUGGCAGAAAAACAACCGUCUAUGACAAUGCCAUCAUCUGAACCAUAUAACAAUACAACUCUGAGCUCUGGUCAACAGCCAGAUUACGGCUUUCAGCAACCUAACUUGAAUGUUGCGCCCCUUGUCAACUUUCCUCUCAUCUCUGAUCAGACGCCGUUAGCGGAGCCUGUGAUGAGUGGUCCUGGACCAACUCAUCAACCUCAUCUAUCAGCUGGAGACUUUUACGUCGCCCAAGCCUUCAAAGAGGAACCACAGCUGGAGAAUCAAGUAUUAAUGCCCAGUCAACAGCUUGACUCCAAGGCAUUUCCACAGGUCGGCUACAGUUCCGAUUCCAGCCUUAUUGAUACAAAUGCUAUUACUCACCAGGGUUUGGCUCCGCCCGACAGCGUUUCCCAAUAUGGCAUGAUAAUAAAUGCUCAACUUGGCGAAGAUACUGUGCAGAACGAGUGGUCUCUAAUGGAUCAACAAGCCAAUUUUGAAAUUGUUCUCACUAACCAAAGAGGGGGGAAGAGAGGUCCGUUCAAGGACCCAAAUCUCCGUGAACAAACUGCCCAAACCCGAAAGAUGGGUUCUUGUAUCAGGUGCAGAAUGCAAAGAAUUCGUUGUGAAAACAACCCCGAGGAAGAGGGAGGGGCCUGUUUGACAUGCAAAAAAGUCUCCAAUUCGAGAGCGGGGCGCUUUCCUUGUCUCAGAUACAAGAUAACAGAUAUCCGACUUUUCAAACCGGGCCAAGUUCCCGGUUAUGAAUGGACACGACGAUGGACCAAUAACAUCUCGGAUCCGAUACAGAGCUGGGCUACGACUGAAGAGCCCAGAACCAUAUAUCUAUCCGAGGGCCUAUCGAAUAAGUUUGUUAAGGUGAAGGUUCAACGAUUCGUUCCUCAAGCUGGUGACAAGCUGGAACGUACUUGGGAUUACAAGGGUGUCAAGAAAUCCGUGAAGAUUCCUCCGUAUGCGAUGGUCAACCUCGAGGAGGCGAAGAAAGAGUAUCUGGACCACAUUGAGAAUAGCAUGCAGGAUGCUUUUACCAAGUUGCUUGGACCACCUGAAGGCCUGCUAUUCCGAACAUACUUACGUGCUUGGAAAAUCUUCAAAGACCCGUCCACUACGCCAGAGUGCGUGGAACUUAUUCAUCAUACACUCUUGUUGUGGAUGUCGAUUCGUCUGACGACGCGGUCGAGCUUCAUUGUUGGAGAAGAGACCUUGGGGAUGAAGCAAAACAUCCUGGACGAAACGAACCCGAAUCACGGCAAGAUCCCUCUUCCGCCUGUACUUGGCGCUCAGAUGGAUCUUAUCCUGAUUCACCACAUACAGACCAAGCUGCGAAGGGAGCUUCUGGACAAACUCCAGAAGAUGAUGUCAAAGAACAAGCAGAGCACUUGGCUAGUGACGUAUCUUGUCAUCUUCAUUCUUUUGCAUAACACAGCUCUCAUCACAGCUCAUGACGCUGGAUACGCAAAGAAGCACGGCAUGAAGCGACGGUUUGCACGUGAGGAGAAGGUCAAAGAAUACCACCUAGGCGCAAACAUCUUGCUCGCACACUUCCACUACUGUAACAAGGGCAUCUACCCUUUCUCGGAAGAUUGUAAAGACCAAGACUUGCGAACACUGGCAGGCUUGGAUGAAGAAAAGAUCAAGUUUGUCCAUCAUACUAGCAACCUGGCUAGACGACAUGCGUUGCAAUGGGAAGAAAUCCGGAACAAGGCCGUGUAUGAGCAUGAUUACUUUUUUGUCAGUCAAUUGUUCGAGACCAACUGGCAACCUCGAACAACAAUAUAA